GUAGUCACUACAACCAACCCAAAAAAAAACCAACCAACAAUCAACAUGAAAUUCUUCGCCGUCUGCUUCUUCGCUGUUGUGGCUGUGGCUGCUGCCAAGCCUGGUAUUGUGGCUCCUCUGGCCGCCGCUCCUCUGGCUUAUACCGCUCCCGCUGUGGUGGGCAGUGCUGCCUACGUGGCUCCCUACGCCUCCAGCUACACCGCCAACACGGUUUCCCACAGCGCCGCCUUCCCCGCCGCCUACACCGCCGCCUAUACCGCCCCCAUUGCCGCCGCCUACAGCGCCCCCCUCGCUGCCGCCGCCUACGCCGCCCCUGCUGCAUACACCGCUGCCUAUACCGCUCCCGUGGCCGCCGCCUACACCGCCCCCAUUGCCCGCUAUGCCGCCGCUCCCUUCGCAGCCGCCUACACCGCCCCCUUCGCCGCCGCUGCUCCCGUUCUGCUGAAGAAGUAAGGCGACCGCUUGUAAAAUCCCAUCCUGACCAAUCUGUGUAAAUAAAGAAUUGUACAUACCAACGUA